AUGUUUGGGAUUCAAGAUACUUUAGGAAGAGGACCGAUUCUGAAAGAUAAAUCUCUAGGUUCUGAGAUGGAUUCCGUCAGGUCCUGGGUCAGGAACGUUGGGGUUGUGGAUGCAAACGUAGCAGCACAAAGCGGAGUAGCUUUGUCCAGAGCUCACUUUGAAAAGCAGCCACCCUCCAACUUGAGGAAAUCCAAUUUCUUUCACUUUGUUCUGGCUCUCUACGACAGACAGGGGCAGCCCGUGGAAAUAGAGAGGACAGCUUUUGUGGACUUUGUAGAAAAUGAUAAAGAGCAAGGCAACGAGAAGACCAACAACGGCACUCACUACAAACUGCAGCUCCUCUACAGCAACGGUGUCAGGACCGAGCAGGAUCUCUACGUGCGGCUCAUCGAUUCCGUCACCAAGCAGCCCAUCACUUAYGAGGGCCAGAACAAGAACCCCGAGAUGUGCCGGGUGCUGCUCACCCACGAGGUCAUGUGCAGUCGGUGCUGUGAGAAGAAAAGUUGUGGCAACAGAAAYGAGACCCCGUCCGACCCYGUGAUCAUYGACAGGUAG